CAAUCUUACCUUUUGAAAUUGAAGUUCUUGAACAAAUUUCAGCGCGCGUGGGUUGAUUAUCACUCAGUUCAGUCGUAUGAGUUGAUUUAUCAGGUGGGACUUAAUUAAUUUUGUAAAACAGUCCGAUUUGUUUCUGAAAUUAGGUUUUCCGGAGCAAUUACUCUUCGUUUUUAGUCCAAAGAUUUAAUCUUUUUUUGGGUUGAGUUCGUAAUUUCUGUGACCCAUUUGAGUUGGGGUUUGAUUCGUGGGCGCAACAGUCAAAAAUUGCGAUGGCGAGCUUCAUUUCUCAGACUGCGGUUUCGUAAAUCAUAUGGAUAAAGAUGUAAAUAGAACACAAUCUUCAAGAGUUUCUGAUUUUGGGCUACUCAAUCCGUAUCUUGGGUUUCGUAUUGGAAAUGCUGCUAAUGUCACUCGAACAGCUCCAGUGCUUAAUCCGAGCCAAACAAUGAGCCCCGAUCUUCAAUCUGGUGCAAUCAAUAACCCUCGUGCUUCGACCAACACAAACUUUCCCGUAGCUUUUCUGGGAUCACAAGCAGUACAAGCGCAAAACCCGAAUCUAGUAACUGCAUCGGGUUUUCAGCUCGAGAAUUGGGGAGAAUCUAGCAUGGCGGCAGAUUCCAGUUCCCGUACAGAUACUUCAACAGAUGCGGACCCCGAUGAUAAAAAUCAAAUGAUUGAAAUGGGUCAAUCUGCGGGUCCCGCAGUAUCGGAUUCCAGCGACAAAUCGAAAGAAAAAACCCUAGAUCAGAAGACACUGCGAAGGCUUGCACAAAAUCGUGAAGCUGCUAGGAAAAGCAGACUGAGGAAGAAAGCCUAUGUACAGCAGCUGGAGAGUAGCCGUAUGAAGCUAACUCAAUUAGAGCAGGAGCUGAAGCCGCCACGUCAGCACGGUGCAUUCGUUUCCAACAAUGGAGAUCAAUCUAAUGCAGGGGCCUCUGCUUUCGAUGUGGAAUACGCGAGGUGGAUGGAAGAACAGAGCAGACGGAUAAACGAGCUGAGGACAGCUGUCACUUCGCAUGCGAGUGACACUGAACUUCAUAGUAUCGUGGACAGUGUUAAAACGCACUUCAACGAUAUUUUCAGGCUGAAAGGCAAUGCAGCAAAAGCCGAUGUUUUCCACAUCUUAUCGGGAAUGUGGAAAACACCUGCAGAAAGGUGUUUUCUGUGGCUCGGUGGCUUUCGCCCGUCUGAACUUCUCAAGCUUCUUGUGAACCAAUUGGAGCCUCUGACGGAGCAGCAAAUGACGGGAUUCUACAAUUUGCAGCAAUCGUCACAUCAAGCGGAAGAUGCACUUUCACAAGGUAUGGAAGCAUUACAACAAUCUCUAGCCGAGACUUUAGCUAGUGGGACCGAAGGCUCGUCUGGAAAUGUAGCUAAUUAUAUGGGACAGAUGGCAAUGGCCAUGGGCAAGUUGGGUACUCUUGAAGGUUUUCUUCGACAGGCUGACAAUCUGAGGCAACAAACGCUGCAACAGAUGCAUCGGACAUUGACAACAAGACAAUCGGCUCGUGCACUUGUGUUGAUAAACGAUUACUUUUCGAGGCUUCGAGCCCUUAGUUCACUUUGGCUUGCAAGGCCACAAGAACGAUGAAUGCUCGAAAACUAACAAAAAGAUUUGAAGAUGAAAAUGCUCUCUGCAAGAUUACUACACACACUUUUGAAAUAUUUGUAUUGUUUAUGGCUGUGUUGUGUGUUUAUUGUAGUAGAAUAGGAAUCAAUAGUUUGUGCUCUUGAUUUAAUUGCAUACUUUAUGUCCGUAAGCUUUGAGGAUGUCUGAAUAAAUAAAAAUUCUAGGUUUUUUCCCA